UGCAGAUCAGCUAGAGAGCAUAAGCUUCGACAUAAGACGGAGGUGAAGCCCGGAACAGCAGUCGCGUAUCCAAGUAAUGUUACGCUCAAGAAUUUGUACUAUUUUAUUUUUGCGCCUACACUCUGCUAUGAACUAAGAUUUCCGAGAACACCAACUCGAAGGAAGUCGUUCAUGUUGAAACGAGCGGCUGAGCUGUUCACAUUGUCGUGUAUAAUUGCUGCGUUAUUCCAACAAUGGGUUGUUCCAUUGCUGAUCAACAGCGUCGAACCGUUCUCAACGAUGAACAUUUCACAUUGUGUCGAGCGUGUUCUCAAAUUGGCAAUUCCGAAUCAUGUGAUCUGGCUGAUUUGCUUCUAUACCGUAUUCCAUUCGUUUCUGAAUCUGAUCGCUGAGAUACUUCGCUUUGCUGAUCGACAGUUCUAUCUGUUAGUGUUGAUUGCACGUUGUUUUGCAAAUUUUCAUUCGUUUUUCUGUGAGAUUUUCACCGAUAAUUUUUUCAUUUCUAAACUUGUGUCGUUUUUGAUUAUGUGUUGUGUUUGA